AUGGUGCACAAACAGCAUGUCGGAGAUAAAGACGGGAGAACAAGGAAUAUAGAGGUUUUGAGUAGUUUAAGUCUUAAUCACAACAGACAACGAUCAGGAGAUCACAGAAAAGAUAGGAGAAGUAAAAGUCACCCCCAUGUUAGGGUCAAAAACCAGCUUCGAUACCCGUCCGACGGCGACAUAGGAAAAUUUCUUAAAGUGUCUUCAGAUGAAAAUCUUCCACGACUUCCUUUCCUAAGACCAGGGAGUGAAGAUGCUAUAGCAAGAAAACGCAGGAUUCUGCGAAAGUUUAGCACAUCUUACAAUAUCUCAAAGAAGUUUUGGAAUAAGAUUGUGGACGAAAACCGGGCAGAUGAGGGUCAGAUGGAACGUUGGUCUAAGAUAAAAUCAACGGUUUCCUUAGGGACCGUAAUUUCUAGAGCAUUUGGCGAAAGUAAGGACAAAAAGAAAAUCAUCAAUCCAUUCAAACUUAGACACGAAAUCAAAAAGAGAAAGCUUUAUUCCUUGUUUCGAUUUGCUGGUAGACUAACAAUACUUUGUUCCCGUUUGGCCAAAACCCACAGUCUAAGAUUUCGAGAGGAUGAUGACGAUAUCUCGCCAUACAUUAAGGGACUUACAUUCCAUGAUUAUGAUAACCAACCAGAUCUCAUGUUUGACAAGUCGCAGUACAAAGCCAAAAAGUCUAUUCGAGUGCCAGAAGAGACCAAGAGAAUUUUAUCUAAGCCUCCCUCACAGCGCACUGAACAAGAGCUCUACUCGGCUCUUUUGACAUUACGCAACAUAGAAGCUUUUGCUGCAUAUCCAAACAGAAUGCAAAAAAUGAUUGUUGAAGUUGGACAGUAUGAGAGGUUUGAAGCCAAGCGGAUUGUUGUAAGACAGGGUCAUCCGGGUUCUUCGUAUUAUUUCAUGCUCUCUGGUGCUGCUGUUGUCAUGGUAAUGGAAGAUCCAAAUUCAUACGCCCGUCCCAUCAAGCAUCUAGAGAAAGGAAUGGACUUUGGUGAAAUUGCCUUGACCUUAAACAUCAGGCGACAGGGGACUAUCAUUACAAAAGAGCCCUGUGAACUGAUGAGCAUAGGCAGGAGAGACUAUCAGCGGAUAUUCAUGGCGGGAGGUGUUCGCAGUAUUCAAGAUCCCGACCAGGAGAAAUUCCUAAGACAUUUACCAUUCCUCCAUAACUGGCCAAUACACUUGUUACCAGAUGCAGGAGACAAAACACAUUUUCUGUUUUUCAAACGUGGUGCCACAAUUGUAAAGGAAACAAACCUCUCACAAUGGAUUGUCAUCGUUAAAUCGGGAAGCAUUAGUAUACUCAAGAGAUUAAAAAGAGUGGUGCCAUUUGAAUGGAAACAAAAGAAAGAGAUCAAGUUUGUGACGGAGAAAGAAAAGCGGGAUAACUACGCCAAGCGUCUCGUGCUCAGACGUCAUAUCCUCUCGGAAUUGAAAAUCCCCCUCAAAGGAAACUCGGUGGAUGAUGAAGAUAAUCAGUUUGAAGACUUUCCUGGAAAAUACAAAAUAUUUAUCCACCCAGGAGAGGGGCCAAAUGUUGAGAGUUCUGAGACAACAACACCACUUGUUGAUGGUUUGCCAGAUAUCAAAGAAAAUAACUCAAAGAAAUCAUCUUUUCAAAAUAUUCAGAGAAGACUUCUACCAAAAUUAUCAGAGACUUCUAGGGAGGAGAAUGAGGAAGACAAUCCUUUGUUUUCUAAUAUGAAUAAAUCAGAAAGACAUCCCGUGUUUGGAAUACAAAGGGAAGAGACCUCUUUUGAUAUUUUAGCACCACUGCCAUCAAAAAAGAAAUUGCAAGAAAGACAAUCAAAUCGGAGAGAAAGUAUAUUAGAGAAAGAAAGGGAAAUGAUGGGAUUCGAGGAGAAAACUCGCACUGUUCAAGAUGACCUUGAUAAUGUUGUUAAGGACCCAGAUGAAUUAACUUUAGCAGAUUUGAAUCCAGAAUUUGUUCGAGUACAGACAUUAAUAAAAGGCCAGGUUUUUGGGUUAUCGGAUCUUAUAUUGGAACAGAAGACAAAUUUUAGUAUAGUUAGUAACGGUGCUGACGUCAUACUCAUAGACCAACAGUUUUAUCUCAAACAUGCACCGGAAAAGCUUCUUUCCAAAAUGAGGCAAGAGCUAUGCCCGUACCCGACAGAUGAAGAUCUACAGACUCGCCUACAACAGAGUGUUGACUGGGACGCGUACAGAACAGACACCAUGUCUAAUACUUUAAAAUACCUCGAAACUAGAAGACAAUUACGUCACUCACUCAAAGUUUAG